AUGACUAACAAACAUUUAAAGAUCAAACCAAGCAAUAUCUUGAGGAUUAUUUAUGCCACACCAUUGAAUGUACACAAGCAUGAGACAGGCUUGACUUUAGAUCUGUCAUAUGUGACCGAUAGAAUAAUUGUCUGCUCCUAUCCCGUUUUGAGAUUCCCUAAACUAAUGUAUAGAAAUAGUUUGGAAGAUCUAAUCACAUUUUUGAACAUACAUCAUGGUCCUGGAAACUGGACAAUAUUUAAUUUUAAGGCUGAAAUUGGAAGUUCUGAUUACAAGGACGAAGAGGUACGCAAUAUUGCCAAUAGAUGGUAUAUAUCCCAAUCUGCCAAAGUUAUCACUGAUUUCCAUGAUGAGCAAACGGAGAAGCUGGUCCACAGGCUUGGUUGGAUGGAUCACUGUCCACCACCAUUCCUAUUGUUACAGCAUAUAGUGGACGAGAUGCACAAUUGCAUAUCUCGCUCACAGUCCGCUGUGGUGGUUUUGCACUGCAGAGUGGGUAAAGGUCGAUCUGGUACGAUUUCAAUAGCAUAUAUGAUGAAAUAUCUGGACUGCCCGCUAGCCGAGGCUAGAGAUGUUUUUAUGACCAACAGAUUCAGACCUGGUGUGAGUCGAGGAGUUGUGAUACCAUCACAGCUACGAUACUUGAGGUACCACGAGAUGUAUUUGUGCUACGAUUUGGGAUCAAGAAACAGUUUUUUGGCUAACUGUGCAAAGGCUGAGUUCAAGCUAAAGUCGAUUAAUCUCAUCCAGCCUUCGAGCGUGAUACUGUCAGGUCACUGCGUUGCAUAUAUAAAGAUACAAAAAUACAACAGUGAUAGAAAUGAUGUGAUUACUGUCGCUACUCUAGAGACUGACGAAGAUCUACUUGGUAGGCCAAUGGGAGGUGGCCUUUCCAUGUGCCUACCGCUUGAACUUGACGUUAGCGACAUUCAGCUGGAGUUUGGAAUAACGUCCAAGACAUCGCAUAUGAUAAACAAUAUAGGCGCCUUUGCAUCACGCUCUCACUGUUGGUUGAACCUGUACUGUGAAUUACUGAGAAGCAAUGGAGCGAGUUCCCUCGCGCCCGUUACACUUGAAGAACUGCGUAAGCUGCAGGACGAGGGCCAAGAGUUUUCCUUCAACAUCAGAUGGAACGAGCUUGAUGGCGCUAAAGGUACUUCUAAUCGCGGAAUAAAACUGUUCGAGUCAAUGACCUUGAAAUGGUCUUUGCUAUAA